AAUAGCGUUAUUAUGAAAUAAUAGACCCUGCGUAAUAAUGGAAUAUCUCUUCCGGCGUGAGGGGUGACAGCGGGGUCACCAAGUUUCUCAUACAGAACCAUGAAUGACCUCAAAACAGCAACAACAGCCCUGAAGGCAGUUGUGGAGCUGGGAUAUCCACUGGAACUGUCAAGGGUGCUCGACUACCUGGAAAACUUGGACAGUAAGGAUGAACUCAUACAGUUUGACAAUGAAGAAGCUCUGUGCAGUUUCUUACAGAAACAUCCAGCUAUCUUUUGGGUUGAGGGGGGUAAAGUAUUUCCUGCACAGAUGAAACCUAAAGUGAAAUCAAAAUCCUCACCUCAGACACAGUCACCGCAAAGUCACCAUAAAGUUCAACCAACAUCAGACAGCAGUGAGAAAGUAAGGCAACAGGAGCAGAGAGUGGGUGAAGUUGAGGAAGCAGAGGGAGGUAAGGAGAAGAACAAAAGCCUAGAUGCUGCUGACAAUGUUCACCAAACUGCCAAACUCAGGGAAGAUGGCAUCAAAUCUAUUGCAGAAGUUCUGAAGAGGGAGGGACCAAAGAAACUCAAAGCUUUGUUCCGAUAUGUGCAGGGGUUAAGACCAGAGGUGAGAUCAUUUGUGGGGAAAGAUGAGGAAAGUGUCACUGAAUUUCUGGUAGAAAAUCCUGACACCUUUCUCAUUGACGAUGAUGAUGUUGUGUUUCAUAUAAGCACAGUACAACAGGAGGCUAUGCAGCAGUUUAAGUCAGUCUUGCAAUCAAAAGGGAAGUUACCUGUCAGCAAUCUGAGUGGCCAUAUCAGUGGUUUCAAGCACAAGUAUGAAAUUCUUUGGUUUGUAGGUGGAAGCCCAUCUGAUGUUGAGACAUUCCUGAAGGGAUAUCCAAACACAUUCAGAGUAGAGGACAGUGGAACAGUGAGUUUGAUUAAGACAAAGACCAAACAAGCUGCAUCGGCCCUUGCAUGUUCAGGUGGAAAAACUAAAACAACUAACGUCACUACAGAAGUGGCUGUGGAAGUUCCACGUAAAAAGUCAGAACAGCCCAAGAUGAACAAGGACAAGGAACUGUUACAGGAAGGAGUGGAACAUUUUAAGGGUGUCUUGCAAGUGAAGGGAAGUAUGCCCAUGGAAAGGCUCUUUGGACAUAUCAACCAGUGCAGGAAAGAAGUUAAACGGGCUGUAGGCACUAAAGAGGAUGAGGUAAAAAAAUUAUUGAAAAGCCAUCCAGAUGUAUUUAGUGUUAGUAAAAAAGGCAAUGUCCAGCUGCAACAAAUAAGUUGCAAAGCAAAGCAGAAACAGGCCGAUCAAGGAAAAGAAAAAUUGGUGGCAACAAACAGCACUUCAAAUUCAAAGGAACAAGAGAAAACAGAUCAGAUUGCCAGCACUGGCUCAGCUCCAGAUCUGUCACAAGAAGGAAAUGAGGUUGCUACCAAUGACAAAGACACUUUCCUAUUGCAAGAUUUCUCAAGCAACAGUUGCCAUCAUUUGUUUGAUCCAUCUGCAUCAGAUGACAUUAAUAUGAAACAGACUGUGGAUCAAAUUAAUGCAGUAGAAAACCAUCAGGAUCCAGAUGAAGAAGAAGAACAGGUCGAUGUGGAGAGAGAAACAUCAGAGCUGAUUUUUGACCUGAUACAGAGAUGUGGAGAGAUUUCUUUCAGUGCACUUCAGGGGUAUAUAAAUCUGCUUGGUGAGGAUAAGCAAGAAUGUAUCAAGCACAGAGGAGGGUUGUUAAGUUUCCUUCACCAUCACCAUGGCCAAACAUUUAGGAUAGAUCAGGUCUCUGUUACCCAGGAAGAAACACAAGCCAGGACCACAUCAGCACCAGUACACCGCAGACCCCUGCACCUACUGGUGGGAGAAGAUGGCACACGUGUCUGGGUAAACUCUGGGGAGCAGGACAUGCAGCAUCUUUCAACUAAUGUCCCAAUGGAAAGUGUUGUACCAGGUGCCAACCCUACUGGACAACCUGAUGACUUCACAUCGCUGCUGCCCAUGUUCAAGGACAACCUCAGUCCCAUCCAGGAUAACCUGGUGGAAGUGGAGAUAGAUAUUGGGAGGAUUCCAGUUGCAAGGUAUUACAACCCAGACAGUCCAUGCCUCCUGGCCACCACCAGACUGAGUGACCAGACACUGACCAGAGAAACCUUAGAAACCAUCCUGUUUGGCCUGCCCCUGGAGAGGUCUGCCAUUGGUCAGGGGAGAGUUCUACUUAAGGGUACACUGCACUGGAUAAGCACACUGAAGAACAGUUCAGGUGAGGUAGUUGGGCUGACCCUGAGAAGAGGUCAGGCAGUGCCUGGCUGUCUGGACCUGUUGUGGGACGUGGUGACAUCAGGCACCUCCACACUCAUCAUGGGAUGCCCCUGCAGUGGGAGGACCACCCUACUGAGGGAGUGGGCCCGCGUACUGAGCGAUGUCUGCUACAGGAGGGUCAUUGUGGUGGACACACUGAAGGAGAUUGCUGGUGGAGAUGAUAUCCCACAUCCAGGUAUAGGAGGUGCCAGGAGGGUUCAGGUGCAUAACAGGUGUGAUCAGGUGUCCCAGCUGCAGACAGCUGCAAGGAACCACUCCCCUGACUGCAUCAUAGUGGAUGAAGUACAGACACAGGAGGAGGUUACUGCACUCCAGGCCAUCAGACUUACAGGCAUACAGGUGGUAGCUGGGGUGUGUGCAGGCUGCCUGACUGACCUUCUACAGAACAGUGUGAUGAGAGGACUACUGGGGCUGUCUGAUACUGCUUCAACCUUCCCACAGACUCCAUCCACCUCUGAGUCAGUACCACCAACCUUCCCACAGACUCUGCCUGUGUUUCAGGCUGCUGUGGUCAUCCACAGUAGAGACAUGGUCUCGGUUUACUCUGAUGUUGCUUCUUUUGUGAGGGUGUCUUUGUUAGAAGGAAGGCUGUUUCCUCUGGCACAGCAAAGGAAGAGGGUUGUCACCAGGGACAGGGAGACAGAACUGUAGUAUCACAGUAGUAUAUCAGCUCUGAUGGCUGAUAUACUACAGCUCCAAUUACAGAAAAUUGUCAUGCAAUAAGAUUGAUUGAAACUGCUGUACAGUAGCUUUGAUUGUCAGGAUGUUUAUGUGAACAAUCCGAGUUUAUGGUUAAUAAAAGUGAUG